CUCAAAUAAUAAAAUUUUAAAGGUACACGAAAAUGCGCGGUAACUUACACUUUAUCAUGUAGUCAUAGGUCAAUGACGUUGAUGCCGUAAGGGUAACACAUUUCAAUGAUUACGCUUACGUAAACAUUAAUAUCUCAUCAUAUUUGUAAAUAUAUGAUUGAGGUCGAAUCCGUUUUGAUAAUGAUAACUACAACAAAGUUAUCUGUGAGGGCUGCUGUCAACUUAUUUUAUUAUUUUUGGCUGCUUUGUGCUUUGUAUAAAUUGUGUUUUAGUAAUAAUAAGGUGUCAAUUUUAACUCGUGGACCAACUAGCGUUGUAGCUCAAAUAUAAAUUCUGAACCCGACUCCAAAGUAGGUUAAAACAUUAAUUAUUAGCAAAUAAAAGUGUAAAGAAGAUUCGUAUUAAAUCAGAAGACGUAGUCCAAUAGUUUAUAAAAAAAACCUAGCUGUUCGACGAUAGUCAAGACCUCGAUGGAAGUUUUAACAUAAUAGUUUUUGUGAGAAUACUGACUGCUCUCAUUGUCCGUGCAGCUGCCCUGCGGUUAUAGAUGACUAUUUAGGAAUAUAAUAGAACAGAUGUACAAUUUGUGGUAGUGGACUGACAGUUGUGAACCGCGCACGCGCAGAAAAUGGCUCAGGAUAACCUAACUGCAGUGCUGUACAAGCCAAAAGAUUUGCGUCUCGAACAAACGCAAAUACCCGAAAUUAAUGACGAUGAGGUCCUCCUGCGCAUGGAUUGUGUGGGUAUUUGCGGAUCAGACGUGCACUACUGGCAACACGGCUCAUGUGGUCACUUCGUUCUCAAGAGACCCAUGAUUAUGGGACAUGAGGCGUCAGGUGUUGUCGCUAAGAUCGGCAGUAAAGUAAAGAACCUAGAAGUUGGUGACCGCGUUGCGAUAGAACCAGGAGUUCCGUGUCGCUAUUGCGAGUUCUGCAAAACUGGCCGAUACCACUUGUGUCCGGAUAUUCAGUUCUGCGCUACCCCUCCAGUUCAUGGAAACCUCACCAGAUAUUACAAGCAUGCUGCUGAUUUUUGUUAUAAACUCCCCGACCACGUGACAAUGGAAGAAGGUGCACUAUUAGAGCCCUUAUCGGUGGGAAUCCACGCGUGUCGCAGAGGCGGAGUCACCGCUGGCGAUGUGGUUUUAGUUCUGGGAGCAGGCCCGAUUGGUCUCGUCACCAUGUUGGCGGCUAGAGCUAUGGGGGCAAGCAAGAUUCUUAUAACAGAUAUCCUUGAGUCCCGUUUACAAGUAGCAAAGAAAUUGGGUGCUGACUUCACCCUUUUAGUAUCGAAGGAGUCCAACGAAGCAGACCUCGUCAAGCGGGUCCACGAGUUGCUAGGAGGACAUCCUGACAUCUCCAUUGAUGCUAGUGGAGUUCAGAGUACAGUCCGACUGGCAUUAUUGGCAACGAAGUCAGGCGGUGUUGUGGUGUUAGUGGGUAUGGGCAACCCGGAGCUUACUUUGCCCUUGGCCGGAGCUAUGGCGCGAGAGGUUGACAUACGAGGGAUUUUCAGAUAUGUCAAUGAAUACCCAAUAGCACUUGCCAUGGUGUCUAGCGGACAAGUUAACGUCAAGCCAUUGGUCACUCACCGUUUCUCACUCGAGCAAACGCUGGAGGCAUACGAAAUUGCUCGUCAAGGGGCCGGUAUCAAAGUCAUGAUUCACGUAGAACCCAAAGAUAUGAAUAAUCCAAUAAAAUUCUGAAAACAUAAAUUGUUUAAACUAUUAGACAAUCUCUCCAUCUUGAAAUAUUAUCUAUGUCUGUCAUAGUUCACUUACCACUGUCAUUGUUUAGUCUUUGCUUUAUAACGCUGAACCCUUAUUUAUUUCUCCCGUGAAUAUUAUUGUAAAAAAUUGGAUGUUGAAGUUUAUUUAAUCAAUGUAAAUAUAUAGAAUUGUUUUUAUUCCGUGAAAUAAUAGUGAAUCGUAACCGAAUUGAUUCAUCUCUAGUCAAAAUGAAUUUUAAAAAAUAUUGUAAUACGAUUCGCAUAAUACUGUUAAUAAAUAUGUAGCAGUAAA